UUGCGUCACGCUAAUUAAUAUUAAUGAGGCAGAAAGAGCAGCUGUUUUUUAAGCUCUGGGUGGAUCCCGGUAGAAACCCUGAUGUUGAUGAUAAAUAGUGCUGUCAACUCGAUCAGAUCACAUUCACUGCUUCAUCAUGGACUUCGAUCUGGGUUCAGCUGUUGGAGACGAGGUGAAGAAGCAGGAGGGCAACGAGGUGGAGGGCAUCUUUGGGUUUGGAAAAAAGGAUAAAGAUAAAGACAAAGGCAAAGAAGAAAAAGACAAAGAGCCUAAAGACAAGGACAAGCCAAAGACUGAUUGCAAAGAAGCGGAUAAGGACAAGGACAAGUGCAAAGACAAAGACAAGGACAAGUGCAAAGACAAGGAAAGGAAGAGGGAUAAAGAGCACAAAAAGGGGCACGGUCAUGAUCACGGACAUGGACAUGAUCACGGUCACGGUCACGGUCAUGGACAUGGACACGGACACGGACACGGACACGGACACGGCCGUGGACGCGGACACAGGUCCUCUUCAUCCAGCGAUGAGGACUAAAGCUGAAGACAUGCGGGGCACGUUGUCACACGGGGGACAUGUCCUGAAGGAUUUAUGUUUGUAGUAACUGGGAGGUUUUGAGUCAAAAAUUUAGCAAUGCUUUUUAUACGUUUGUCUUAAAUUAGCAUAAUUGUGUCCCACAAACUAAAAGUUUCGCUGCUGUUAUAUUUGUACACAUAGGUGCGAGCCGUCGCGUGAGUCCAGUGUGUACUGUAUGUUCAGUAUCUAUUAAAAUCUUGUGGUUUUUUUACAGUUAAGGUCGUUGCAUAUAGCAUCUGAUACAUCUGAAACACUACGUCGUGGAAAACUGGACUGAUUUUAUGUGUGUCACAUUGCAAAUAAUGUUUGCUUCCUUAAAACGGUUCCUAAAGUGAUUUGUCCUAUAUACCGCUACAGGUCAACACGUCCGCUGAACAAGCUUUAGUGGAAUAAAUGUUUAUAAUGAUAGAGGAUUGUGACUAUUGAAAGAGUGGCAGAAUAAACUCACAGUGAGAAACUUA